CACGGUCACCCAGUGGGUGUCCAAGUGGCUCCUUUGAAUCUCUGGGGACCAGGGUUCAAAGAGUCCCAUACAUAGAUGGAUAUAUAUUCCAGAGUGUGGAGCCAUGGCCAUUCAAGUGGCGUCCAGACAGGCGCCGAAAAAGAAAGCUGAGAAGAAAGCUGGAGGGGGCAAGAAGGGCAAAGGGAAAAGCCCGGUGGUGGAUGCCCUUCCGCCCGAGGGCAUGACCAAGGAGCAGCUGGACGAACACAUUGGGCGGAUCCGGGAGGAGUUGGACCGUGAGAGAGAGGAGCGCAACUACUUCCAGCUGGAGCGGGACAAGAUCCACACCUUUUGGGAGAUCACGCGGCGGCAGUUGGACGAGAAGAAGGCAGAACUGCGCAACAAGGACCGCGAAAUGGAGGAGGCAGAAGAGCGUCACCAAGUGGAGAUCAAGGUUUACAAACAGAAAGUGAAGCACCUGCUCUAUGAGCACCAGAAUAACCUCACAGAGCUGAAGGCGGAGGGGACGGUGUCCAUGAAGCUGGCUCAGAAGGACCACCGGUCC